AUGGCCGACAAGGAAAUCAAAGAAGGCGACCAAGUCUCCUACCAAUGGGGAGGUGGACGCCCCGGCGGUGAAGUCACCGAGGUCAAGGAAUCGGGUACAGUUGACAUGGAGACCAAGAAUGGCAACACCGUCUCCAAGAAAGGCGAGGAGGGCAACCCGGCCGUCUACAUCCAGCGCGAUGAGGGACACGACGUCGUGAAGAAGGCUUCCGAGGUCACCGUCGACAAGUCAAGUGACAAGAAGGAGGGCGACGAGGACGAGAAGAAGGAGAAUGGCGAUGCCGAGAAGAAGGAGAACGGCGAGUCCGAGAAGAAGGAGAAUGGCGAUGCUUCAACUGGCGACAAGCGCAAGGCUGAGGAGACCGCCGAAGAGAAGAAGGACGAGGAGGAGGAAGGUGACGCCAAGAAGCAAAAGACUGAUGAAGCUCCUAAGAAGAAGGGUCGGCCUGCAAAGAAGGCCCACGACGAGAGUGCUCCCAAGAAGGACGCGAAGAAAAAGGCCCCAAAGAAGGCUGCCACCGAAUCAGGCGAGCCACGCCGGUCUGGAAGAAAUGCAUCCAAGUAG